GCUGAUCGCGGUGCUUUGCACUCGCAUCUUUUUCCAGCACGGCCAAGCCGAGUGGAGUCUCGCACGGCAGGCCUUCCGUUGGAGCACCGGGUGCAGCGAGGCGCUUCCGGCGCCUCUGCAGGGAGCCUUCAAAGAGCGGUUGGAGUCGACACGGCGAAACGACUUCAAGGGUAUCUGCUCCCUCUGGGCCGUCUGCUCGGAUCUGCUGCUUUGCUGCUGGCCGCUGAUGAGCGAGAACAUGUUCAAGACGCCGCAAUUCUGGGCGACGGUCGUGGCAUCCAGCAUUUUGCGCUUCUGCGCUGCCCCGUCGAUUCGCCUCGAAGUGCAUCACAUCAACUGGGUGAUCCUUCUGGUCAACAUGCUUUGCCUCACGAUAGGCUUCGGCGUCCCCCGGCAGCUCUUCCCUGUCUUGGCAGUGGGCCGAGUCUCAAUCGGCGUCUUCUCACCG